GUCAAUAAUGUCAAACCUGAAAUGUCUAUUAAAAAUAGAGAUCAUUUAUACAGGCUCAUCAUAAGUCAACUGUUAUAUGAUGGCCAUACAUCAAUGGCUUUGAAUUUAGCUGUCCAAGUGAAUGCUGAUCCAUCUUGUUCUCCAUCGGAUCAACUCAAGAGUAUAGUGACAAAAGGUUUACAACAUGAAAUUGAUGGACUAAAAGAAUCUGAUCAAGCAGACUUUAAUCCAGUUCUGCAAAUGAUAAUUGGCCCGGGACUUGAUUUGGAAUUUGAUACAAAUGUUAUUUGUACUGCUCCUGAACCAUCGCUUUAUGAAACUGUGUAUGUAACAACCCACAAAGGUGCAUGUAAGGCUGGUGCUUUUAGUCCGAAUGGACAAUUAAUUACAACAGGAAGCAGUGAUACGUCAAUCAAAAUUUUGAAUAUUGAAAAAAUUCUGGCUAAAGCAAAUGAUAUUGGUAGUACUGAUAAUCAAGAAGGACAGGGACAUCCAGUAAUUCAAACUUUGUAUGAUCAUUUGGAAGAAGUGACAUGUUUAGAGUUCCAUCCCAACAAGCCAAUUUUGGCUUYAGGCUCUYGAGAUUGUUAUGUUAAAUUUUUUGAUUAUUCAAAAGUAACUGUGAAGAAAGCAUUCAAGAUGAUAAGCGAUGUGGUACCAAUAAAAUGCAURAGUUUCCAUCCUCUCGGAGACUUUAUGGUAAUUGGCACCAACAGCCCAAUCAUAAGACUUUAUGAUAUAAAUACUAUUCAAUGUUUUGUAAGUGCAAUUCCUAGUCAACAACAUACUGGUCCUGUCACAUCAAUAAAGUUUGAACCAGGCGCCAAGUACUUUGUGUCAUCUAGUCGAGAUGGUUCAAUUAAAUUAUGGGAUGCUGUGUCUAAYAAAUGUGUUAACACAUUUGAAAAAGCACACAAUGGUAGUCAAGUAUGUUCUGUGACAUUUUCAAGAAAUGGAAAGUACAUAUUAUCAUCAAGUAAAGAUUCUACAGUGAAACUUUGGGAGUUAUCCGCUAGUAGAUGCCUGAUUGCAUAUACUGGUGCUGGAACCACUGGAAUUCAAGAACACCAUACACAAGCGUUGUUCAACCAUACCGAGGAGUAUGUCAUGUUUCCAGAUGAAGUUACUACCACUUUGUGUACAUGGAAUUCAAGGAAUGCUUCUAGACAACAACUUUUAUCACUUGGACACAAUGGACCUAUUCGUUCAAUAGUGCAUUCUCCAAAUUCAGCAGCAUUUUUGACUUGUUCAGAUGACUUUAGAGCCCGUUUUUGGUAUAAAAACAAUUGA